CCCUCCCCAAAUUAACCCCCCAUUUCUCCCCACUGCUGCCCCACACCAGGAGUGCAAGAGGCCCCCGGAGGCGUUUGGCUUCGAGCAGGCGACGCGGGAAUACACCCUGCAGAGCUUCGGGGAGAUGGCCGACGCCUUCAAGGCCGACUACUUCAACAUGCCCGUCCAUAUGGUGCCCACGGAGCUGGUGGAGAAGGAGUUUUGGAGGCUGGUGAACAGCAUCGAGGAGGACGUGACGGUGGAGUAUGGGGCCGACAUUCACUCCAAGGAGUUCGGCAGCGGGUUCCCCAUCAGCGACGGCAGGAGGAAGCUCUCCCCAGAGGAGGAGGAGUACGCGGGCAGCGGGUGGAACCUGAACGUGAUGCCGGUGCUGCAGCAGUCGGUGCUUUGCCACAUCAACGCCGACAUCUCGGGCAUGAAGGUGCCCUGGCUCUACGUGGGGAUGGUUUUCUCCGCCUUCUGUUGGCACAUCGAGGACCAUUGGAGCUACUCCAUCAACUACCUGCAUUGGGGUGAGCCCAAGACGUGGUACGGGGUCCCGUCGUUCGCGGCCGAGCACCUGGAGGAGGUGAUGAAGAAACUGACCCCGGAGCUGUUUGAGACUCAGCCCGAUUUACUGCACCAGCUGGUCACGCUCAUGAACCCAAAUACCCUCAUGGCCCACGGGGUCCCGGUGGUGAGGACCAAGGGGGGGCUUCAUUGGGACCCCCACCCCAAUAUCAACUCCUUCAGACCCAAAUCUUAG